AUGCAACAGGAUGAUAUCAUCUGGAAUGUUAUAAACAAUAACUUCUGCUCAUUCAAGACAACAUUCAAUGGAGCCAAGUUCUGCAGGAAUGAGUUUAAUGUGAGUGGAGCAUGUAACAAGGUAUCAUGCCCAUUGGCAAACUCAAAGUAUGCGACGGUUAGAGAGGAGGAGGGUCUAUGUUAUCUUUAUAUCAAGACGGUGGAGCGUGCACAUACUCCCGCCAAGAUGUGGGAGAAGAUCGAGCUCAAUCAGAACUUCAUGAAGGCCAUCGAACAGAUAGACGCACAGCUCGAGUACUGGCCCGGCCACAUGGUACACAGAUGCAAGCAAAGGUUCAUCAAGAUCACACAAUACCUCAUUAGAAUGAGGAAGCUGAGGAAGCAGGUCAGACGUGAGCUGGUGCCAAUUAAGAAGAAGGCAGAUAGAAGAGAUGCCGCCCGUGAGCAGAAGGCUAUGGUUGCUGCACAGCUUACCAACAACAUCAAGAAGGAGUUGCUUGAGAGAUUGAACAAGGAUACAUAUGGCGAGCUAUAUUACUUCCCAGAGAAGGUGUUACAGAGCGUGUUGGAGGAGUCUGGUGUGCCAGAUGAGAUGCAGGAAGAGUACGAUGAUGAGGAGGAGGAUGACAUGGAGGAGCAAUAUGUCGAGGGCGACGACGAGGAGUUCGAAUACGAGAUGGAGGAUCAGGAAGACCAGGAUUUGGAAGGACACGAUCAGGAACAAUACGACAGCGAAGAUUACGACGGUGAUGAUGAUGACCAAGAUGAUGACGACGAUGACAUUGAACCAGAGCCAACUACAAAGAAGAGAGGACCAUCUAAAUUACAAUCAAAAUCAGGAACAAGACCACAACGCGCAAGAGUUGAGAUUGAAUAUGAGAAUGAGACUGAUUCAACUCCACAAGUAUCACAGACCAAUAGACGAUAG